AUGAUCAAUUUGUUAUAUGUAUUUGUGUUGAUCAUUUUGGCGUUAUCAACGUGUCCACCAAAUAUUAUGGAAGAAACAGAAUAUGUCUUAACCAAAAAUGAUACUUGUCAAUAUUUAGAGUCUAUAAAAUUUGAUUUUGCGAAAGAAAAAGAGGCGAAGAAAUUGAAAACAGAAAACGACGAAAUUAAAGAAGAGGUGAAGAACUUAGCGAAUGACAAAGACCAACUUUCUUCUGAAAAGAAAAGAAAUAUAGCCGAUUUGGAACAACAAGUACAAGACCUUGAAUAUAGACCAGUUGGGACUUCAAAUAUUGAUCGAACUGAAGUCAUCAAGAGAGACAACCAAAUAGUUGAUUUGGAAAAGGCAGUUGCUGUGUUGAAAGAACAGAACACACAACUUGAUGUUGCUAAGAAGGAUAUGAAGAAGCAAUUGAAGACGCUUUGGAGAUUGAGAAUUAUGGAUCACAGAUUAAGGCACUUGAAGCACAAAAGAAGAUGGCUUUGGACGACAAAGCGGAGGCUGAGAAGACUGCAGCGGACCAAUUUAAUAGAAGAAAAGAAUAUGGAAGACCAAGCCAAAGCACUCAAUGCACAAGUCUCAUCAUUUAACGUCCAAGUCAGUGCACCAGCUUCGGUGAACGGAUAA